AUCACAUAUGUCACAUGACUUUAACCUCUAUGCCACACCAUCUCUUCUUAGCCCUUCGAUUCUUUCACCAAUCAAAUCUUCAUCUCAUCCAAUGCCUCUAAUUGAACUUCAGGAAUAACAGCAAAUGUUCCAUGAAAAUCUGUACCUUUUGGCUUCCUUAGGCUUUCCGUUCCCUAUAAAUAACCUUUAAUUUUCAAGAUUGGAUCGAAGCAAGACACGAUUUUGAGAGCAGUUAGAGACACCCAAUAGGAAUCUGAUUCUUGAGAAAGGAGAUUUGUUCUUCUGGGAGAUUGCCAUUUUUGUCUUCCACACUAACUUCGUUACUACAAUGGCUGAAAUUGUAGUGGUUUUUGACUUUGACAAGACCAUUGUCGACUGCGACAGUGAUAACUGGGUUGUUGAUGAGUUGGGUUUCAGUGUUCUGUUCAAUCGUCUCCUUCCUACCAUGCCUUGGAACACUCUCAUGGAUAAGAUGAUGAUGGAGCUUCAUUCCCAUGGAAAAACCAUUGAUGACAUUGUGCAAGUUCUUCAGAUGAUUCCAAUACACCCCAGAAUAAUCCCUGCCAUUAAAGCAGCUCAUGCUUUAGGGUGUGAUUUGAGGAUUGUGAGUGAUGCAAAUACGUUCUUCAUCGAGACAAUUUUAGAACACUUAAAAAUAAGGGAAUGCUUCUCAGAUAUAAGCUCUAAUCCAAGUUAUAUCAACGAAGAUGGAAGGUUGCAAAUUUUGCCUUACCAUGACUUCAACAAGUUUCCCCAUGGAUGUACUCUCUGCCCUCCCAACAUGUGCAAGGGGGAAAUCAUAGAGAAAAUCCAAGAAUCAUUAGGAGAAAAGAAGAGAUUGAUCUAUCUUGUAGAUGGUAGUGGAGACUAUUGCCCAAGCUUGAGGCUGAAAGAACAAGACUUUGUGAUGCCAAGAAAGAAUUUUCCUGUGUGGGAACUGAUAUGCAAAGACCCUUUGCUCAUUAAAGCUGAAAUUCAUGAAUGGAGCAAUGGAGAAGAGCUUGAACGAGUUUCUUUGAGGCUAAUCAACAAAAUUUGUUCUGGACAAAAUGCUGAGUUCAUUUCAUCCAAUUGCAAACUGCAUUUUAUGUGCACGUUUAGCUCCGAUUAAAAUAUAUAGAUUUACUUUUGAUAUUAUAUAUUACAAAAACUUUUUAUCAACA